AUGCCGCCCUUCAAAGAUGACCAGAUAAUCAUCAUUGCGCCGGGCUCGGAGACGACAGUCGCGCAGCUGGGGCUCCCCGAGUCUUUCACGCCCGCGCGUCUUCGCGUGAGAUCGCGCAUGUUCCCCGCAGAGAAGGAAGGUGAAUUCGAGCCCUACAAGAUCCGGAGAAAGCAAGAUCAGCCGACCGCGACGAAUGGCGACCCCACAGACGAAUCGCAGGAAGAAAAGAAGCCCACCGAGGGCGACGAUGAUGUAGUGUGGGAAGAAGACCGCGUUUCGGAAGAAGGCGCGAUAUGGCCCAUUCAACAAGGCCGCAUCGUUGACUGGCCAUGCUUCUUUGCCCUCAUCACCCACACCUACAACUCUCUGAACCCGCCCUUCCACACUCCGAUCCUCCUCAUUACCCAACCAGCAUGGACCCCGCGAGAGCACGAGAAGCUCACCCAGUUCUUCUUCGAGAAGUUCAAGGUGCCUGCUUUUGGGCUCAUGGACGCGGCAUUGGCAACAACAUGGGCAUACGGUGUACACACAGCGACAGUGAUAGACGUGGGCAAAGACAAGGCCGACAUUACCGCUGUUAGCGAGUUUAUUCCGCACACUCAGGGUCGCGUCAUCUCACUGGAAGGAUGUGGAGGCGAGGCCUUUACCCAAGGGCUCUUGUCUAAGCUCAAGUCCAAGGGUCUCAACCGCGACAUGUGUGAACAACUGAAGAGAUCACCCAUCUGCGAACUUUUGCCCCCAGGAGUUCCGCUACCAGGGCCAGGAGAUGCGGCUACCAAAGACGCAGCGACCAACCCUGCAGCGCUCGCAUCAACGGGCGCAACCGGUCCUGGCGCAGCAGCAGCCGCAUCCAUCGGAAACGUGCCACGAGGGCCUGGUAUCGAUACCGAAGUUGGCGAGGACGCGAGUCUUGAGGAGAGCGAAGGUGUUUUGGAUGUCGCAAGCAUCGUCGCUGGCGGAAAGAUGUCUGAGUACCUUGCCAAGAAGGAGAAGGAGAAGCAGGAAAAGGCCAAUGCGAAGAAGAAGGGUGGUCCUGCUCCGGCAGCCAACAAGCCAGUCAGGUUACCCAACUCCCGACUGGAGAAGGCUACAUUCCUCUACGAGGACCACGCGCUUCUGGACACUUUGAAGAACAUGAACCUCAAUACACAGGAGAUGGCGGAUGCGAAGGGCGCUCUGGACGAAGGGCCAAACAGGAAGGGACAAGAGAGUGGAGAGAACGGCGAGCCUACAUCCGCAACCGAAGCGAACGGCACCAGCGAAUCUGGUGCGACCGGCAAACGCACAGGAUCGAUAAGACGUGAGAUCGAGGUUGGCACCGAGCGAUUCAUGGCAGAUGGCGAUGGUACGCUGGAGAAGAUUGCAGAUGCUGUGCACAGAGCUAUAUCGUCCAUCGACGAGGUUGGCAAACGAAGUGAUCUAUGGGAACAGCUCAUCGUCUGCGGUAACGGUUCAAAACUGCGAGGCUUCAAAGAAUCGCUCCUCCAAACCAUUCAGACUAAGUAUCUGGUCUCGCCCUCCUCCGCCACAAUCUUCACAUCCGAGAUCCCGUCCAACGUGUCAACGCCCAUGGGAACCGGCGCGAACACACCACAGCCCCAACUUGGCCCGCACGGCGGCUCCCAAGUCAACCCGCUCCUCCUUGCAGCGACAACUGCUCAGACACAACAUAUGAUGCCACACGGAGGCAUGCCUGGCAUGGGAGGUAACACCCACUCAUCGCACGGCCAAACACCCACAUCAAUCAAGUUCAUCAAGCCGCCGGAGUACUUCCCCGAGUUCAAGGACGUUGGUUUUGACGAGUCAGCCUUCUUGGGCGCUCAGGUCGCAGCCAAGGUCAUCUUCGUUGUCGAUCAGGGUCAAAGUAAGGGUUACAUGACCCGUCCCGAUUACAACGACCAGGGCCCACAGGGUAUCCACGAUUACAGCCUAUGA